AUGACAGACUCAAAGUACUUCACCACCACAAAGAAAGGGGAGAUAUUUGAGCUAAAAGCUGAACUGAACAGUGACAAGAAGGAGAAGAAGAAGGAGGCAGUGAAGAAGGUGAUCGCCUCCAUGACCGUUGGUAAAGAUGUCAGUGCUCUCUUCCCAGAUGUGGUAAACUGCAUGCAGACGGACAACCUGGAGCUGAAGAAGCUGGUCUACCUCUACCUGAUGAACUAUGCCAAGAGCCAGCCAGACAUGGCCAUCAUGGCAGUCAACACCUUUGUGAAGGACUGUGAGGACCCCAACCCGCUGAUCCGGGCUCUGGCUGUCCGGACCAUGGGCUGCAUCCGUGUGGACAAGAUCACGGAGUACCUAUGUGAGCCCCUGCGCAAGUGCCUGAAGGAUGAGGACCCCUAUGUGCGCAAGACUGCCGCCGUCUGCGUGGCCAAGCUGCACGACAUCAACGCCCAGCUGGUGGAGGACCAGGGCUUCCUCGACACCCUUAAAGACCUCAUCUCCGACUCCAACCCCAUGGUAGUAGCCAAUGCAGUAGCAGCACUCUCGGAAAUAGCAGAGUCUCACCCCAGCAGCAACCUCCUGGACCUCAACCCUCAGUCCAUCAACAAGCUGCUCACAGCCUUGAAUGAGUGCACUGAGUGGGGCCAGAUCUUCAUCCUGGACUGCCUAGCAAACUACAUGCCCAAGGAUGACCGGGAAGCCCAGAGCAUCUGCGAGCGGGUGACACCCAGGCUGUCCCAUGCCAACUCAGCAGUGGUGCUGUCAGCAGUGAAGGUGCUGAUGAAGUUCAUGGAAAUGCUGUCAAAGGACCUGGAUUAUUAUGGGACACUGCUGAAGAAGCUGGCCCCACCACUGGUCACCCUGCUGUCUGCAGAGCCCGAGCUGCAGUACGUGGCCCUGCGCAACAUCAAUCUCAUCGUGCAGAAGAGGCCUGAGAUCCUGAAGCACGAGAUGAAGGUGUUCUUCGUCAAGUACAACGACCCCAUCUAUGUCAAGCUGGAGAAGCUGGACAUCAUGAUCCGCCUGGCUUCCCAGGCCAACAUUGCUCAGGUUCUGGCAGAGCUGAAGGAAUAUGCCACCGAGGUGGACGUGGACUUCGUGAGGAAGGCGGUGAGGGCCAUCGGCCGCUGUGCCAUCAAGGUGGAGCAAUCGGCUGAGCGCUGCGUCAGCACCCUGCUGGACCUCAUCCAGACCAAGGUCAACUACGUGGUGCAGGAGGCCAUCGUCGUCAUCAAGGACAUCUUCCGCAAGUACCCCAACAAGUAUGAGAGUGUCAUUGCCACCCUGUGUGAGAACCUGGACUCCCUGGACGAGCCUGAGGCACGGGCAGCCAUGAUCUGGAUCGUGGGCGAGUACGCGGAGCGCAUCGACAACGCCGACGAGCUGCUGGAGAGCUUCCUGGAGGGCUUCCACGAUGAGAGCACCCAGGUUCAGCUGCAGCUGCUGACAGCCAUUGUGAAGCUGUUCCUGAAGAAGCCCACUGAGACCCAGGAGCUGGUGCAGCAGGUGCUGAGCCUGGCCACACAGGACUCGGACAACCCCGACCUGCGGGACCGUGGCUACAUCUACUGGCGCCUGCUCUCCACUGACCCGGUGGCGGCCAAGGAGGUGGUGCUGGCCGAGAAGCCUCUCAUCUCGGAGGAGACAGACCUGAUCGAGCCCACCCUGCUGGAUGAGCUCAUCUGCUACAUCGGCACCCUGGCCUCCGUCUACCACAAACCCCCCAGCGCCUUCGUGGAGGGCAGCAGGGGGGUGGUGCACAAGAGCCUGCCCCCCAGGAUGGGCUCGAGUGAGAGUGCCGAGAGCCCCGAGGCAGCCCCCUCAGCGGUGCAGGCAGCUGAGCAGCCAGCUGUCAUCCCCACUCAAGGGGACCUGCUGGGGGACCUGCUCAACCUGGACCUGGGCCCACCGGAGAGCGGGACACCCAUCGCCACCUCCACCGUGCAGAUGGGGGCUAUGGACCUCCUCGGGGGUGGCCUGGACAUCCUGAUGGGCGACGAGUCGGAAGGGAUGGAUGGAGGCAGUGGUGGCACCUUUGCACCAGCAUCCAUCACCACGAUGCCUGCCAAACUCGGGGCACCCCUUGGCAGUGGCCUGGAAGACCUCUUCAAACUCACUGGUGGGGUGGGGACCCUGUCAGGAUCCUAUGUGGCUCCCAAAACGGUCUGGCUCCCUGCCAUGAAAGCCAAGGGGCUGGAGAUCUCUGGCACCUUCAGCCGGCAGGUGGGCUCCAUCUCCAUGGACCUGGUGCUAACAAACAAGGCCCUGCAGGUCAUGUCUGACUUUGCCAUCCAGUUCAAUCGCAACAGCUUUGGUCUAGCCCCAGCAGCUCCUCUUCAGGUCCAUGCACCCCUUGCCCCCAACCAGUCUGUGGAGAUCUCCCUCCCCCUGAACACUGUUGGCUCUGUCAUGAAGAUGGACCCUCUGAACAACCUCCAGGUUGCAGUGAAAAACAACAUUGAUGUCUUCUACUUCAGCACGCUGUACCCACUGCACAUCCUCUUCGUGGAGGAUGGGAAGAUGGAGCGGCAGAUGUUCCUGGCCACCUGGAAGGACAUUCCCAAUGAGAACGAGGCCCAGUUCCAGAUCAAAGACUGUUCUCUCAAUGCAGAUGCUGUCAGCAGCAAGCUUCAGGGCAGCAACAUCUUCACCAUCGCCAAGAGGAACGUGGAGGGCCAAGAUAUGCUCUACCAGUCCCUGAAGCUCACCAACGGCAUCUGGGUGCUGGCAGAGCUCAGGAUCCAGCCCAGCAAUCCCAGUUUCACGGACCUGGAGUUGUCCCUGAAAUGCCGAGCACCAGAGGUGUCCCAGUACGUCUACCAAGCCUAUGAAACCAUCCUGAAGAACUGA